AAGUUUAAUUUAUUGCAUUAGUUGCACGCGCGAAAACCUGAUUGUCUUAUUACCAAACGUUGCGAUAUGAAAUAGGGACUGUGGAGGAAUAUUAAAAUGAAUAUUAAACGUGAAUCAUGAAACCAACCUAGUCCCCCCAGGCUUUGUUUCUAUAGACGGUCUAUCAGACAAUCGUGACGUGAUGGACGUCUCAGUAAUCUGACUGAAGACUGGGAAGGAGCGAGAUACAUACAGGCUUUUCCGUAAAAACUAAACCGGUUGUUUUUUUUUUGCAUUCUUGUUGUUGCUGAUGUUACUAAUCAACCCAAAUUAAUUCUGCUAUUUCUAUACUGGAGAGGUUUCUGGGCUAGAACUCACUCUGGUUUAACUGACGACAUCGCAAGCAAAAAAAGUAACAAAUAAGAAACAAUGGAAUAGAAUUCAAAAUAGUCAAAACUGUUUUUUUUAAAGAAAGUAGUAAACCCAUAGGGACUCCCUAACCACACGAAAGGAAAGUUUUUGUUUUUUGAUGACGUAAUUCCUUUUAAAUUUUUUGAUUUUUUGACACAUUCUCUCGUCUUUACAGCAGUUCCUUUUUAGCUCCUGCUGAUUUUCCCAUUUUUUGCCUAAUUCAUUCUUCGGUUGUUUAAAGGACAAAAAUUAUUUUUUAGAAACAGUUACACAAAAAUAUCAAGAGAGUACGAGCACGAGAAUUAGGAUUUUUUUUAGAAUUUUUUUUCUCGCAAAUUACUUAGAAUACAAAAAGUAACCCAUGCUACUAAUACCUUUUCUAUUUCUGGUUUGGGAUUUAAGAAUGAAAUAUUGGCCGACUGUCACAUGAACAAAAAAUUAGUUUCUGCAAAUAAAAUAUUUCGUCUCAUCGUCAGAGAGAAAAGUGAAAAUUAUUUUCCAGUGCGCAAAAAGAUUUUCGGACCAAAAUGUUUUCCCCUCUCCUGUGCGGUCCUUUGAUUUGCUUGACCUUUUUUGCGCUUGUAAGAAAAUUCAAAAUGGCAGACAGUCGAGUGGAUGGGGUUUUUCGAACCCGCAGUUUAGGUAUCGCUGCUCGAGGUAUUCCAGAUCAAUACGCUGACGGAAAAGCUGCUCAAGUAUGGCAAAAAUAUAUUGGAGAUCAGCAGAAAAGAACUGGGUAUUAUAGGGAAAAAAUUUUAAACUUGCUGAGAUCUCGAAACGUUAAAAAUGUGCUUGAUGUUGCUUGCGGCACUGGUGUCGACUCAGUGCUUUUGCUUGAAGAAGGUUUCAGUGUCACCAGCUGUGAUGCUUCAGAUAAAAUGUUAAAGUAUGCUUUGAAAACAAGAUGGGAAAGGCGAAAAGAAGAAGCCUUUGAUAAAUGGGUCAUUGAAGAAGGAAAUUGGCUGCGCUUAAACGAAGCAAAUAUCACUCCACCAGGUGAUGGAUUUGAUGCAAUAAUAUGCAUGGGAAACUCUUUCGCUCAUCUUCCAGAUUUUGAUGGAAACCAAACAAAUCAUUUUUUGGCCAUUCGUAAUUUUCACGGCUUUUUGCGGCCUGGUGGCAUAUUAAUUAUAGACCAUCGCAACUAUGAUCAUAUAGUUAAUGGUGGAAAAGCUCCAAUGAAAAAUAUAUAUUAUCAGAGUAAUGCGCAAGUUGAUAUAAAAACGUCUGUAUUGAUGGUUGACGGCAAGUACCAAAUGGUGACCUUGGAUUAUGUUGUACAUCCUGAUGAUCUUCCAGAAGAUGUACCCUCAGAAGGAAAGGAGAGUAAAUUUCGAUUGUCAUACUACCCUCACUUAUUGAAGAACUUCAAUGCUAUUAUCACAGAUGUUUUUGGCGAAGAUGCUAGUCACACAGUUUUGGCUGAUUUCGAACCUUUAGAUGCAGUGAAGAAUCCUGCGUACUUUAUUCAUAUAUGCGAGAAGAAAAAAUAAUCCUGAAAAUACGUAACUCAGUUCUGUGUAAAUAUAUAAAAAUUUAAUAUUUCACAGAUUUUUUUAUUAUUGUUUAGUUCUAUAUAUAUGUAUAAAAAGAGAAACUUCCUUAGUGUUUUUUUUCUCUUGUUUUUUUUUUUUGUGCGUGUUUGUCAAGGAAUGCUUAGUGUAAAUGAAUUUUGUUUGCUGCCGACACGUGGCAGUAAUUCUAACGUUAAACGAUGAUGUCAUCAUUUUCUUCUCUUUCUAGAAGUCAAAAUGUGAAAAAAAUUUUUUUGCAUAGAUCCACUGGUACUUUACAGGGAAUAGGACCCAAGCAGGUAUAAGUGAAUUUUUACAAGUGAAUUGCAAAUUGUUACAUUAGUAGUGGAUUGAAUUCACCCUUGACUUAAACACACCUUUUAUAACCCUGAUUUGUUAUUCCCUGGUAAGGUAUCUACUUUUUAAAUUUGUUUUUUUUUACUUAGUUUGAAUUUUUGAAAAAUUACUAAUGCAUAUAAUUAAUAACUAUAUAUAUAUAUAACGUUAUGUAUAAAGUGCUUUUGUUGUGAAAUAUGAAAUAUAUGUAAGCUUAGUAACCAACAGACAA